AUGUCAGUGCUGGUGCCGGCUCAGCCCCUCCCUCCUCCUGUGCUCUCCGCAGUCCGCAGUAACCGAGCCCCGGAGCAGACUGCAGUCUCCAUCCAGCCCGCUCCUCCUCCUCUUCCUCCUCUUCCUCCCUGCGCUCAUGACUUUCACCCCAGUGUUAGGGUUUCUGGCCCUCGUGGCUUCGGCUGGAGGAAGUGUUGGGCCGAGCACCAACAGCAGCUUCUGCACAGAGUCAAAGGAAUGUCUCCAGUUUGAGCUCGUCUGCAAAACAGAUGAAUAUGAGGUGCGACACUACAGCCCCACACGCUGGGUGUCCACUGAUGCCGAAGCGUAUUUCAUGGGAGUGGGCGCCGCCAUGGCUUUCAGGAGACUUUUCCAGUACAUCACUGGAGCCAAUGAUGGAGGCGUCCAGAUGGACAUGACUGCUCCCGUCCUGGUCAAGAUCCCAGAGGAGACCAGGAUGUGGGAGCCGGCGAUCUACACGCUGAACUUCCCGCUGCCGGCCGCCUAUCAGGACAAACCCCCCGCACCCACCUGUGACAAGCUGUAUUUCACGGAGAUGCCGGAGAUGGACGUGUACGUGAGGAGCUACGGAGGCUGGAUGCUGUCGGUCACCUCCAGGCUUCACUCCCACAUGCUGACCAAAGAGCUGCAGAGGGUUCGAGCCUCGUACAACCACAGCUACCACUACGGAGUCGGCUACGACAGUCCCUUGAAGCUGUUGAACAGGCACAACGAGGUGUGGUAUGUGGCCGAGGGGGAGCCAGUUUGCACAGAUCCAAAGGAACCGACCCCCGCUCACACACCCAGGCCGACUCUGACCGACUCGCCCACGUACCCUCCGUCCGACCCUCUCCCUCACACACUCUCUGACUCCCCCGCACUCACCCCCUCCAACUUCUCCUCCUACACAGCAGCCAACUCCUCGUCACCAACGCCGUCUGACCCGCCUGCUCGCACCCCAUCCGACGCUCCUCCCAGUCCCUCAUCCCACCUGCCCACAGACGCCGGCCAUCCUCCCAGUCCCUCAUCCCACCUGCCCACAGACGCCGGCCAUCCUCCCAGUCCCUCAUCCCACCUGCCCACAGACGCCGGCCAUCCUCCCAGUCCCUCAUCCCACCUGCCCACAGACGCCGGCCAUCCUCCCACCACCGUCCAGAUCCCACUGGACCCAACGACCAACUCCUCCGACGCCGCGAGCCCUUCCCUGGAGCCCCUGUCGGACGCUGCCCUGUGGAACAGCACGGCCCACAGCUCAGUGGACCCACAGACUGACAGCAGCCCUGCGGUGGAGCCAGAAAACGCUCAUUAACAACCUCCAUGUCGUCUGUAAGCUGCCACCAGGUAUAUUAACAUGGAGUCUAAGUAGAAAAAGAAACCGUGGAGGUGCGGACGUGCUCUUCCUCCUCAUAUCUCUAUUCCUGUGUGUCGCACUAACUCCUCUUUGCGUGUUUCACUAUAUGUUCUAUCACAGCUUUGCACCUGCAGCUUCCUGCAUCAGCAAACACAAGCCUGCACACGAUCUGAUCACACAGCUGCAUUUAGGAUCAAGUAAGUGUUAGUCAGAAAGUUAGAGAGUUCCUGUGUGAAGUGUGAGGGCAGGAGAGAGAGAGAGAGAGACGCCUGCUCAUCAUCCGUUUAAAAACCAACUCCACUAUUAGAACUUUAAUGGAAACCUGUGUGUAAUAAUAUCAUGAUAAAUAAAAUGGGACAAACCACGUUAGGUCAUUUUACCAGAGUAAACUUUACUGUGUUUCUAUGCUGUUAUUAACUAUUAUCGUUAUUUAGCUUCAAUUCUCCAUUGAGCUUCUCGUCAGUUGUUUUCAUGAUACGUGGCAACAUCAUUAUAAAUCAUUACAUUCAUUGGGAUCUUUGGUGCAGACGUAAACAAACGUACUAAAACUGUACGGCUCUAUUUAAUACUAUAUCUUUUUCCUAAAAAUUUCCAAAAUUAUACUUCUUAUAAUUAUUAUUUAUUUUAAAAUUUACUUCUAUAUUAUUGUUAACUUCGUGUUUUUAAAUUUGAAGUUUUCAGAUCAGAUUUUUUGGGCCCAGAGAAUUUUAAUAAAUAUAUAUAAAUAUAAAAGUAUUACUUUGUAUCUUCAUCCAGAGACACUGAUUUGAAAGUUUGAUUAAAACUGAAUUCAAAUCGCUUCCCAGUAUUAUCACCAAGCGACGGUUAAACCCUGACUCUGCUCUGACUGAGGUUGAACUGAUCCAAAGAUCCCAAAGAAUCACAGCUGAUAGAACCAAUGCAAUAAAAGUCAUAUGAGUUCAAUUCUGUACAAACUGCUGCGCAAGAUAAACACUGUAUGUUCUGAGGAAGGUGCAAUAAAAACACAUAACAAACUCC